AACUGGUAAAACUUUAGGCGUGGGCUAUGUCCUUGACAUGACAGCUCGAGGUGUUUCUUUACACAAACAACAACCAAAGCCUCGCGGGGACAUUUCUAUGCAAUUAUGUUGGGUCUUCUUUUGAGAGUCGUGUUAAGGCCGGGCUUGGUGAAGCCAUGUCGCCUCGUCAAGCCGAUGUCAGUGACCAUCCUCCCAGAGAGGUCCUCGCAUCACCAGGACAAUUUGCCCAAGCUGCCCGUGCCUCCACUAAGGCAGACAUUUGAGCGCUACCUGUUGAUGCUGGAGCCCCUGCUCAGUGAGGAGGAGAUGGAUCACACACGCAAGCUAGUCAAGGAGUUCCUCAUUCCUGAGGGAGUGGGAGACAGGUUGCAGAGGAGCCUGGAGCGCAGAGCUAGCAACAAAGAKAACUGGCUCACAGAGUGGUGGAUGCAGUCAGCCUAUCUGGAUUCCCGGAUGCCUGUGGCAGUCUAUUCCAGCCCUGGGGUGGUCCUGCCCCGCAUGACCUUCCAAGAUCGCCAAGGACAAAUGAGGUUUGCUGCUAAAUUGAUUUCAGGAGUUUUGGACUUCAAACAAAUGAUUGACAAUGAGACCCUACCUAUUGAGUAUUUGGGUGGGAAGCCUCUGUGUAUGGACCAGUACUACCAGAUCCUGUCCUCCUGUCGUAUCCCUGGACCAAAGAGAGACACUGUGGUCAACCACGCUAUCGGGAAAGUGGCCCCUACUCACAUCACUGUGGUCCAUAACUUCCAGUUCUUUGUCCUGGAUGUGUAUAACAGUGAUGGCUCCCCACUGACGGUGGACCAGAUUUACAUGCAACUGGAGAAAAUCUGGAACUCGUCCCUGCAGAGCAACAAGGAGCCUAUCGGCAUCCUGACUUCCCAGCACCGCAACACCUGGGGCAAGGCCUACAACAACCUCAUCAAGGACAAGACAAAUAAGGAGUCUGUCCGUGCUAUCCAGAAGAGCAUAUUCACAGUGUGUCUAGACGCCCCCAUGCCACAGAUGUCUGAGCAGCGCUACCAGAGCCGCGUCGCUGCCCAGAUGCUGCACGGUGGAGGGAGUCGCUGGAACAGUGGCAACCGUUGGUUUGAUAAGACGUUACAGUUUAUUGUGGGAGAAGAUGGUACCUGUGGUCUGGUGUAUGAGCAUGCCCCAGCUGAAGGCCCACCCAUUGUGUUCCUGGUGGACUAUUUGGUUGAGUACAUGGGAAGGAUGGAGGUGGUACGCGCUCCCAUGAUCCCUCUGCCCAUGCCUCCCAAACUGCGCUUCAAUAUCACACCUGAGGUCAAGAAGGAUAUUGAGUCGGCCAAACAGAAUAUGAACAUAAUGUCACAUGACUUGGAUGUGAACGUGGUCAACUUUGCUGACUAUGGGAGAAAUGUUCCAAAGGCUCACAAGAUGAGUCCAGAUGCCUUUAUACAAAUGGCUCUACAGCUUGCCUACUUCAGAAUGUAUAAGAUGUGCUGUUCCACCUAUGAGAGUGCGUCCCUGCGUAUGUUUGCACUUGGUCGAACAGACACAAUCCGCUCCUGCUCCAAUGAGUCUCUCAAAUUUGUCCAGGCAAUGGAGGACGUAGCUAAACCAAACACAGAGAAGGUUUCUCUAUUGGACAAGGCAUGCCAAGCCCACGUAGAAUACACAAGCAUGGCAAUUCAUGGCCAGGCCAUAGACAGACAUCUCCUUGGCCUGAAGUUGCAGGCGAUUGAAGAACUGACGUCCAUGCCAGAGAUAUUCAUGGACACAGCCUAUGCUGUGGCUGAGCAUCCCAAUCUCUCCACCAGCCAGGCUGGUGCCAAGACAGACUGUGUGAUGUGCUUCGGUCCACUGGUGCCAGAUGGCUACGGAGUGUGUUACAACCCCAUGGCAGACCACAUCAACAUUGCCAUUACAGCCUUCAACAGUUGUGAAGAGACACAUGCUGCCAACUUUGGCCGGGCUAUGAAGAAGGCUCUGAGAGACAUGAGGUCUCUGCUGGAGGAGACAGCUAAGGCCAAGCAAUGAGUCCCCACAGGGGACAUGGCUCCUCUUUGUGGCGGUGUGGAACUGAACCUGUGCUGCAGGUAGUGGGGGAAACUGAAGCCACCCGGGUAUAUCUAGUGCUGUAACAUGGAGAGAGGAGAAGCACUUUGCAAUGCGUUAGGUGGGCCUUGGGAAGAUUUUGGGCCCUUCAGGUAGACGUGAUGUGAGUGUUGGAGGGAAAAUCCUGUAGGUGAGACAGUCCUGUAAUAAGCAAAAUAAUAUCAAGACUGUAAAGCGAGUAUGACUGAUGGAAAGUUAUACAUUUCAUGUUGAAUGAAAUGGUAUAUCCUUUUCCAAAUAGAAAGCGCCAUAUGUCAAAGAAAGAUCCACACCAGAUCAUGGCAGAGACUAUACUGUAUUACAGGUGUACUAUCUUAAUUUGACCAGUUUCUCACAGCAGGACAAUAAUCCUGCAGCAACAGGAAAUGUGAAUUAUUAUGUGCGUUAUUUAAUGGACAUUUUUGUAGGGGUUGAUAAAUUAUUUUGUUAGGAUAAUUUUCUGCGACAACAUAGUGAUCAAAUUAAGAGAUUACAUCUGUCUGUUUUAAGUUAUAUUUAAAAGUCAUACAUUAUGUUGGUGCUGUCUUAACAUUUAUUUUUGUGCGAUUCUAUAGAUGUGUUUAUUCAGUUUGUUUACUUACAUAUUUGUUAUUUCAUAUUUAUAAAAUAAGUUCAAACAGUUCUAAGUUAUUUAAGUUCUGAAAAUGUGUGCCAUACUAUACCAAAUGUGCCAUAAUAAUGAGUUGCUGAGUGGUUUUGCUGUGAUUUACUUUGGUAAAUGUUUUCUAUACAACAAAAAAUAACAAACAAAAUAAGACUGACUGCUGUCAUUUAUUUUAAUGUUACAAAAUUCUGACAAUACUGAUUAAACUAAGGACAAAUUGUUCUCCA